GACCCAGAGUGGCCGAGCUGCGUGCGGAAGGGUUCCCGUGUCUGUGCAGGACCCCGGCCUCGUCAUGGACCCCGAGUGCGCCCAGCUCCUCCCCGGUCUCUGUGCGGCCCUGGCAGACCCCGGGCAGCCCCUGGCAGAUGACACCUGCUUGGAGAAGUUGCUGGACUGGUUUAAAGCCCUAACUGAAGCAGGGUCCAGCCUGCAGCUGCUGCAGGACAGCCCCUGCCUGGUGGAGCUGCUGCUGCAGGUGCCAAAGACCCUGGGCCUGAGUCCCCGCGUCCUCGCCUUCUCGCUCCGCCUGGCGGGCCUGCUCGCUGCCCAGGAGGACUGCUUCCAGUUCCUGCAGCAGGGGGAGUUGCUGCCCGGGCUCUUCGGGGAGGCGGGCCCCCUCGGCGGAGCGGCCUGGACGGCACCCACUGUGCGCAGCGGCUGGAUCCAGGGCCUGCGCUCCCUGGCCCAGCACCCCAGCGCCCUGCACUUCCUGGCCGACCUCGGUGCCCUGGACACCGUGGUCUCCCUGCAGGGAGACUCCAGCCUGUUUGUGGCCUCGGCGGCCGGGCAGCUCCUGGCGCACAUCCUGGGCCUGUCUCUGCGGGGCCAGGCCGAGGGCCACCCCGGCCCCCAGGUGUGCGACUGGCCGGCCAGUGCCCAGAGGAUCGUGGGCCACAUCGAGGAGUCCCUGUGCUCCCCCGCCACCCCGCGGGUCACGCAGGCCCUCAACGUCCUGACCACCACGUUCGGGCACUGCCACCACCCGUGGACGCAGGUGCUCUGGGCGCGGCUGAGUCCCCUGGUGGCCUGUCUGCUCGAGAAGGACCCCGUGCCAGCUGCACACUCGCUGGUGGACCUCCUCCUCAGCGUGGCCCGGUCAGCCCCGGGGUCAGGAGGCGGGCAGAGGGGCGCUGGUUUUCCCGGGAGCCUCAGGGCGGCUGAUAGGCCGGGAGUAGAGGGGUCACCGGAGGGUCCGGACGCCUGCGACCUGGGAGGGACCUGCGUCUCCGCUGGGCACAGCAGCUGCGGGCGUGGGGGGAGGGCAGGACUCACAUCUCUUGCUGGGUCCUUUCUCUGCAGGUCCCCCGCGCUGGAGCUCCGACCGGCAGCCGGGUGGGAGACGGACCUGCCGCUGACCGGGAGCUGUUUCUGGUCCCCCGCAGGCUUGCCGGCCGGGCCCGAGGGUGACCCGGCGGUGGCAGACACGCUCCUGUCCUCCCGGUCGGCCUGCGUGGGCCUCCUGUGCCAGACCCUGGCCCACCUGGAGCUGCUGCAGCCCCUGCCCCAGCGCCCCGCGCCCUGGCCCCAGGCGCCCCUGCUGGGGGCCGCGGUGACGGUCCUGCGGUUCUGCAAUGGCUCAGCGGUGCCCGCCUCCGGCUCCGACGUGGGGGGCCGCCUCUGUGCCAUCCUGGCCAGCUGCGUCCGUGUCCAGCGAGCGGCCCUCGGCUUCCUGGGGGCGCUGUCUGAGGACACAGGGCCCCCCGAGCUGGUGACGCAGGUGUUUGCCGUCCUCCUGGAUUACCUCCAGAGCCCCGACUCCAGCCCCACGGUUCUGAAGAAGGCCUUCCAGGCCACACUGCGGUGGCUCCUGAGCGCCUCCACGCGCCGGGGCUGCUGCGACCUGGACCCCCCCACCCAGCUGUUCCUCAGAGAGCUUCUCCCUGUGCUGCAGAGGCGCCUGUGCAGCCCCUGCUGGGAGGUGAGGGACUCGGGCCUCGAGUUCCUGACCCAGGUGGUCGGACGCUGGGCAGGACAGGCCGGCUUCAGACACGCGCUCCUGGCUUCCGAGGUGCCCCAGCUGGCGCAGCAGCUCCUGCAGGACCCUGAGAGCUACGUCCGGGCGAGCGCAGUGACCGCCGUGGGGCAGCUCUCCAGCCGAGGGCUGCACGCCUCCCCCGCCGGCCCUGAGCACCUGGGAGGCCCGCAGAGCCUGCUUCCCGAGCUGCUGCACGUGCUGGCCGCGGACUCGGAGGGCUUCCCCCCGCAGGGCCCCAUGCAGGUCUUCACCCAGUGGCUUCGGGACGGCCACGCCGAGGUGGCCGAGGACACGGAGCGCUUCGUGGCCAGGGUGCUCCAGGCAGCCAGCCGGGACCUGGACUGGGAGGUCCGGGCCCAGGGCUUGGAGCUGGCGCGGGUGUUCCUGGAGCAGACGCUGGGCCAGCCCGGCUCCCGCUGUCCCUAUGCCGUGGCCGCCCCGGAGGCCGCCGCCCCUGGCCGUGUGGCCCAGGCCCUGCGGGCCUCCUGCCGCGUGCAGCUCGUCGAGUUCGCCUUCCGCGCCCUGUUUGACUAUGACCGGCCCGUGGCCCAGAAGUCCUGUGACCUCCUCCUCUUCCUGCGGGACCAGGCUGCCCCCUGGGACAGCCUGCAGGAGGCGGGGGGCAGCCCCGACGUGGCCUAACGUGGAGGCCGCCCUGCAGAGGUGG